AUGUGGCACAUGGAUAUAUCACCGUCGAAAGCAUCCACAUUCUCGGCCAAUGAUCUCAUCGAAUAUAUCAAAGAGAAAAUCGCUCCUGAGGAAGAAUUUGGCAGUGCAGCUAAGCAGUUUCAACGGCAGUUAAUCGAGUUCUUUGUGGAGCGAGACGUUCCCAGCAAUGCCGGUCGUGAAUUCUACCUGUCGAGAGCCGUCGAUGUAAGGAGUGCUCAUUCAGGCUGA